UCAGAUUCUGCUGCCAUAGCAACACACUGAAGAACCACUCUUCUCCGGAGAUUGAAUCCUUGAUUCCACCAAUGGUUGGAGCUUUCGAAGACUGGACCCGCAACUUCAACAACCCGUCCCGCCCUAAGAACCCCGCCGAUUCCGUAUUCGACUUCUCCAACGACGAUUCCUUCCCUGCCUCCGCUGAUGACGACUCCUCCUUCCGCCUCGUUGACGGUAAGCCCCCUCCAAGGCCCAAAUUCGGCCCAAAGUGGCGCUUCCAGCAGCAGCGCCAGCUCCCCCAGCGCCGCGACGAGGAAGUCGAGGCCCGAAAGCGCGAGGCCGAGAAGGAACGUGCCCGCCGCGAUCGCCUCUACCACCUCAACCGCUCAAACGCCAACGCCAACCGCCGCGAAGCCGCCGUGUUCAAAUCGUCCGUCGAUAUCCAACCGGAAUGGAACAUGCAUGACCAGAUCCCCUUCUCCACCUUCUCAAAGCUCUCGUUCUCCGUCCCUGACCCCGAAGAUCUCCUCCUAUGCGGUGCUCUUGAGUACUACGACCGCACCUAUGACCGCAUCACACCGAAGAACGAGCGCCGCCUGGAGCGAUUCAAGAAUCGCAACUUCUUCAAAGUCACCACCACUGAUGAUCCCGUUAUUCGCAGGCUCGCCAACGAGGACAAGGCGACGGUUUUUGCAACCGACACUAUCCUCUCCACACUCAUGUGCGCCCCUAGGUCGGUUUAUUCAUGGGACAUCGUUGUGCAGCGCGUUGGGAACAAGUUGUUCUUCGAUAAGCGUGAUGGCUCCCAGCUUGAUUUGCUCUCUGUUCAUGAAACUUCCCAAGAGCCUCUUCCCGAGGCUAAGGAUGAUAUCAACUCUGCACAUUCGUUGAGUGUUGAAGCUGCUUAUAUUAACCAGAAUUUCUCUCAACAGGUUCUUGUUAGGGACGGAAACAAGGUGAGUUUCGAUGAACCUAAUCCUUUUGCUAACGAGGGCGAGGAAGUUGCAUCUGUGGCCUAUAGGUAUAGGAGGUGGAAGCUCGAUAAUGAUAUGUAUCUCGUGGCGAGAUGUGAGGUGCAUAGUGUUCUUGAGCUGAAUAAGAACAAGUCUUUCCUUACUUUGAAUGCUUUGAAUGAGUUUGAUCCCAAGUAUUCCGGUGUCGAUUGGAGGCAGAAGUUGGAGACUCAAAGGGGAGCUGUGUUGGCCACUGAGCUCAAGAACAAUGCUAAUAAGUUGGCUAAGUGGACUGCGCAGGCGCUGUUGGCCGGCGCCGAUAUGAUGAAGCUGGGAUAUGUGUCUAGAAUCCAUCCCCGUGACCAUUUCAAUCAUGUGAUUUUGGCUGUGGUUGGGUACAAGCCUAGGGACUUUGCGGCGCAAAUCAAUUUGAACACGUCUAAUAUGUGGGGAAUUGUUAAGUCUAUUGUGGACUUGUGCAUGAAGCUCAAUGAGGGUAAGUAUGUUCUUGUGAAGGACCCGUCUAAGCCGCAGGUUAGGAUCUAUGAGGUCCCGCCCGAUGCAUUUGAAAACGACUAUGUGGAGGAGCCACUUCCUGAGGAGGAACAAGUUCAACCUCCAGCAGAGGGUGCUGAUGGUGUAGAUACAAAUGUUACUGCAAACGAGGCUGAGGCUAAGGAGAUAGAUGAUCAAGCUUAGAAGAGGUUAACGGCUCUUCAACUAGGAGCACUGGAGUGGUUCUGCGCUUUCAAUUGUUUUCUAUUUUCUUUUUCACCUUUCCAAGUGCCGGUUUAGAGUUUAUUUUUCCCUCUAUGUCCUUUACCAGUGCCCAAUUGGGUGGCAGGUUUUUGCUGUUACGGAUACGGUCUAUGGAACCAAAAUUCAUAGAGCAUGAGAUGUUUAUUUAUAUUUAUAUGUUAUGUUUUGACAUUUAUAUGGUUGUACCUUGUGUAUUA